AUGGCCGACGCCCUCGCCACUAAGACACCUCCCGCAAAGCCUGAGCAGGCCGCAUACGAUCCCAAGCCGUCGCUGCAGUACGCGUCCGCCGUUGGCAUCCAGGCAGCUGGCGUCGGUGCCCUGGUCAGCGCCGUCCAAAAUGCACUCGGAACGCAUACGAGCGGUGCCGCGGGUUUCCUCACCAGGACGGGCGGGACUAUUGGAUUCUUCGCCGCUAUGGGCGCAACCUUCGCUUUGACCGAGUCGGUCGUGGCAAACCAGCGUCAGACCGACGACGCCCUCAACGGUGCUGCAGGAGGCUGCGCUGCAGGAUUCUUGGCUGGUAUCCGAGCCCGUUCAUUGCCCAUGGCGGUUGCCUCUUGCGCGGUGCUGGGAACGGCGAUUGGCACCCUGGACUACAAUGGCAAGAACCUCGUCCCGACGGAUUCGGAGUCGAUAGAGGAGAGGAGGAAACGCUUCUUCAAGCAGCCUCGACCAACAAGCUCCCUAGAGCCUGUGCCAGAUGCGGAAUAGAUGCUGGCUGUUGUAGAGACACAAUGCUCACACUUGGCUUGCUGUUCGUGCGUAAUUUCCGUGGCAGUCCGGUCAGACCAAUAUCCUAUUCCCC